AUGGUAAAGGACAGCGAAAUCGUUGGCGAGGCGCUAGCCAAAGUCUUGCCGUCGUACCAGAAACCAUGGUAUAGAGUACCACACCUCUUGAAGCUCAAUCUCGUGCUGCUUGUGCCACUACUGUCAUCAGCAGUGGCUGGAUACGAUGGUUCGAUGAUGAAUGGUUUGCAAGCAACAAGCUCUUGGAAAAGUUAUUUCAACAACCCGACCGGCUCGGUUCUUGGUGUGGUCAAUGCUGCUCAAAGUAUUGGCUCUGUCGCAUGUCUACCUUUUGUUGGCAUCCUUUCUGAUCGGCUGGGACGGCGAUGGACACUAUUUUCUGGUGCUGUCCUUGUGGUUAUUGCUUCGAUCAUUCAAGCCGCCUCUAUCAACUACGCUCAGUUCGUCAUUAGCAGACUGCUGGUCGGUGUUGGUGGCAUGCUCGUGACGCAACCAUCACCAAUGCUGAUAUCAGAGCUGAGCUAUCCAACCCAUAGAGGCAAAUUCACUUCACUCUUCUGGACUUGCUAUUAUUUCGGAGCCAUUCUUGCCGCCUGGGCUACAUUUGGCACGCAAAAGCACAUCGGAAACAACGACUGGGCGUGGCGUGCCCCUUCAGUCCUUCAAGCUGCAUAUCCAAUUAUCCAGAUUAUAUUCUUUUGGUGGCUUCCAGAAUCACCAAGAUGGUUGAUUGCCAAUGGUAAAAUCGAACAAGCCCGCACCAUUCUUGCCAAGUACCAUACCGGUGGAGAUGCAAACCACGAGUUGAUCGAAUUCGAGAUGACAGAGAUCGAGCGAGCCAUUGAGAUGGAGAAACAAGCCUCAGCAACGAAGUGGUCCUCACUUGUCUCUACACCAGGCAACCGCAAGCGAACAAUAAUUGCCAUCUGUGUAGGCGCCUUUGCUCAAUGGAACGGUGUCGCCGUUGUCAGUUACUACCUCACGCUCGUCCUCGACACAGUCGGUGUCAAAGAUCCUGACACUCAAACCUUGAUCAAUGGUAUUCUCCAGAUAUUCAACUUCUGGGCUGCAGCAUCAGCAGCCUUCCUCGUCGAUCGUCUCGGCCGAAGAACACUCUUCCUCUGGUCUGGCGCCGGCAUGCUCGUCUCGUUCGUCAUCUGGACUGCUUGCUCAGCUGUCUUCGACACAACUGGUUCUCACGCUGCCGGGCUGACAGUCGUCGUUUUCAUCUUCAUCUACUUCUUCCAUUACGACAUUGCCUAUACACCGCUUCUCUUCGGCUAUCCGACAGAGAUCUUCCCCUACUCACUCCGAGCUAAGGGUCUGACGGUGGAAAUGAUGAGUAUCUAUGGCUCGUUGGUCAUCCUGGCCUUUGUCAAUCCUAUAGCCGUGGGUAACCUGGGUUGGAGGUAUUACAUUGUGUUCUGCGUCCUUCUGGUAGUCAUUCUCAUCACAACAUGGUUCCUCUUCCCCGAGACAAAGGGCUACAGUCUGGAAGAGAUAGCCGAGAUCUUUGAUGGACCAGAUUACCGUAGACGCAUGGACGAUGCGUUGUACAAGGAGGAAGUGGUAGUUGAGGGUAAGAAGGACUUUGGUGCGCAGCAUGUUGAUCGAAGUGUUUGA